AUGUUCAUUAAUGUCUUAGACUUUAAGACUGGUGUUAUGAAAGAAGUACAUAAAGGUUAAAGUCAAACCUGUGAUUACUAUCUUGAAACUAAACAAGAAGUUUUUCAUGAUGAAAACUUUUUUGAGAUUAUAAAGUAAAUUUUUAAUGACAUAUAACAGAGUUAUGUAACUGUUGAUUCUAUUAAUUCAGAUGAUACUCUAGAAAAAUAUAACUUUCCUUACAUAUAACUGAAUAGAAAUCGGCAAGUAUAAUGGAAUGACUUCAAAGCUAAAAAUGGUAUUACUUAUAGCUCAGAGGGAUUUUUUUAGGUAAUGAUAAAUAGAUUUAAUGAAAAAUAAUAUGUACUAGAUAUUGUUUCAUCUACUAAAAUUCUCUACUUUGAUAUAAAAACGCUUUAGUUUACAUCAAUUGAUUUGCUUGACAAAGUUUAAAGUUAAGACUAAGGUCCUAUAAAGGCAGUUUUAGAUGAUGAUCUAGGCAUAAUAAUAAUUUAAUCAUAAACUGAAGUUAAGGUUUAUAGUCUUGAAAGUAAAAGAAGAAUUAAAAUACAAGAGAGCGAAAUUAAAAAUGCAUCUAUUUUUAUAAACAAUAACUAUCUUCAAAUAAAUUCAAGUUAGGAAACAAACAAAUUAUUCUUCAAAAAUAAAAAAAUCGAGAGAGUAAUUUAAUUCUAAAUGCCUUAGAAUUUAGAAAUACAUGAAAGCUAUUAAAAUGGCAUAAAUACUCAUUCUUACUAAAUAAUAAAAAGAUAAGAUAUUGAUGAUGAAUCUGAAAUUUAUACCAUGAGAGGAAAAUCAUUCGAAGAUAUGUUUAAUGAAAAAUUGCUAAUUCAACCAGUAUUUCCUUCAUUUUAAUUUGAAUAUGCAUCCAAAAAGAACACUUGCAUAGCUCUAGAUAUCUAUAAGCAAUUCGACUUUUUUCAAGUACAGUCAAAUUUUUUGUCGAAGGAGAAGAAUAAAUGGUUAUUUAUUGCAGGAUAUGGAACAUGCUUUGGACUUUUUGAAAAUAACUUAAUUGCUCUAGAGACUAUAGUAAAAUAGCUUUCACUUAAAGAAAAAUAAUCCAUACCUAUCUUGAUCUGUUAGAAGAUGCUUAAUGGAGAAUCCCCUUUAGAUUUUUCAAUUAAAGCUCGAUAGUAAAAAAUCAUUAACUUAUUGCUUUCGAUGACAAUCAAAUAUCAAGAUCACAUUAUGUUUAACAAACUAAUAGACAAGAAUUUGAAUGAGCUAAUUAAACAAUAAAUAGACUUGCAAGAGUACUUUGAAAGUAAUUUACCUAAUUAUCAAAUCCUUGACUCAAAGUUCCCAAGUCAACAUAAUGAUGAAGAAGAAUUAGUUGUUGGAAUAACCCUAAAUAAUCCUAAAGAAGUUCACUAAAAAUAUGAUGAAUUAUUCCUAGGAAAGUUAACUGAACUUAAGAGUGAUGCUGAAUCUAUGGCAUCAAUUGAAUAUCAUUUGAUCAACUUGCCGAUUACCUUGCAAAAAAAUCCCACAGAAUUGAUGAAAGUUUUAAGUGAGACAGAUAAGCCAGAGUACUUUGAAAAUAAAAUAAUCCAGAGUAUUAUCCACUACAAGUGGAAUUAGUAUACAAAAUAAUUUUAUCAGGAUAGAUUCUAUAUUUAUCUGAUUUUUAUGGCUUCAUUCAUUUUCGAUAUUUUUUAUCAAACAUACUCGAUGAAAAACUUGAAUGAUAUUACUAAAUAAAAUUCAGGAGACUUAGAAAAUGAAGUUUUAUAGCCUAAUAUAUGGGUGAAAAUUACAACAAAAACUAUAUGUGGUAUGGUAAUUAUGUACUUCUUAAUUUAUGAGUUGAAGCAGUUAAAUAUUCAAAGAGGCGCUUACUUUUAAGAUGGAUGGAACUAUUUUGAUUUUACUCAUAUCGCUGCAUUCACAAUUUUUAGCAUUCUUGAUUUUAUAACUGAAAACCAAGAUAACCUUAUCUUGAUUAAAAUUCUGGUAAUCAUACUUUCUUUUAUGAAGCUAUUUUUCUUUUUGAGAAUAUAUGAUGGCUUCAGUUUCCUGGUUUAAAUGAUGGCUGGUGUUUUCAAAGAUCUUAAAUAUUUCCUCAGUUUCUUUUUAAUUAUGAUCUUGCAAUUUGGAAUGAUAUUCUUAGUUCUCUUCAAAGCUGAAUAGAUUGAUGAGUAUAAUGGUGUAAAUAAAUUAGCUUAUUUUCUAAUGGCAUUCAGAAUUUCUUCCGGAGAUUUUCAAUUAGAUGAUUUCCAUAGCUAAGGAGAUGUAUUAGUCAUCUUUACUUGGAUCAUAUGGUUAAUAGCUGUAAUGACAUUAAAUAUCGUCUUUAUGAACUUCAUCAUAGCUGUUAUCUCAGAAUCAUACGAAAGAGUCAUGUAGAAACUUGUUGCUGAAUCAUACAAGGUCAAAGCUCAUAUGAUUGUUGAGAGAGAGUAAUUAUUCACAGCUGAGGAUCACACUAAUAAAGAAUACUUUCCAAACUUUAUUGUUGUUAGAAGACCAAUUAACAGUUAGACUAAUGAAGCUGGGGAAUGGCAAGGAUUUAUUAAGGACCUUAAAUAUACGAUAAGAACUACAGCAGCUAAAUCGAAGGCAGAAAUUAUUCAAAAUCUACAUUCACUUUAAAGUUAAAGCCAUAAUAAAAUUGUUGAAGUUUUCUAACAGAACUCAAAGCAAUCUAGUUCUAAUGAAAACUUAGAUAAGCAUUUUUCUAAUUUGAUGAAGGAAUAACUUGUUAGUAAGAGUGAUUUCUAAUAAUUUAAAGAAGGAAUCGAUUAAUAGGUUCAGGGACUUUAAAAUGAUAUGGAUAUUAUCAAAAGUUCUCUUGCCUUAAUUAUUCAAAAUUAGAAAUAGUGA